GGGGCAGUUGCUGGUUGCUUUAGGUAGAGAUGCAAACAAUCGGAUAUAUCCAAUAGCCUGGGGAUGUGUACAAGUAGAAAACAUAGAUAAUUGGGUGUGGUUUGUUGAAAAGCUGAAGUCUGACUUGGGACUGAUGGAUGGUGAUGGUUAUAUCAUUGUUUCUGAUCGCCAAAAGGGUCUAAUCCGAGCUGUGGAGCUAGAGCUGCCAAAGGCUGAACAUAGAAUGUGUGUCAGACACAUCUAUGGAAACUUGAAGAAAAACCAUGGCAAAGAUAAAGAGAUGAAGAUGUAUGUUUGGGAUUUGGCAUGGAGCUACAAUGAGAGUGCUUAUGAAGCAAACCUGACAAGACUUUACAACUAUAAUGUGGCUGUCUGGCGUGAUGUUGUCAAGUCAAAACCAAGAACUUGGUGUAGGGCGUUUUACAAGCAAGGAAACUUCUGUGAAGAUGUUGAGAAUAACUCAACUGAGUCAUUCAACAACUCAAUUGUGAAAGCUAGGGACAAACCGUUUGUGCCAAUGCUUGAGACCAUCAGGAGACUUGCAAUGGUCAGGAUUGCCACAAGAGCUGCUGAAUCUCAUGAGCACAAAGGGAGAUGCACACCAUAUGUUAGUAAGUUUCUUGCCAAAGAAUUUGAGAAAGCUUCAGAGAUGACUAUAAGAAGAAGCACUAAUGACAUGUAUGAAGCUACCAGAGGAUUAGAUACUCAUAGGAUAAGCUUGACUGAGAGGACAUGCACUUGUCAGAAAUGGCAAAUCUGUGGCAUUCCUUGUGAGCAUGUUUAUGGAGUCCUGCUAGACAAAAAGCUUGAAGUUGAGGACUAUGUGUGUCACUGGUUUAGGACACCUAUGUGGAAGAAGAAUUACACAGACGGCAUAUUUCCACAGAGAGGACCAGCUUAUUGGCCUUCAACAGAGCACCCUAAUGUGCAUGUACCACCACCACCACCGCAGCCUGGGAGAAAGAAAGGAAAGGAGAGUAAGAAGGAUAAGAAGAGGAAAAAGGGAAAGUAUGAAUCUCCUACCAAGAAGGCACCAAAACAGAUGAAAAGGGUAAUGCACUGUGGUGUUUGUGGUGCAGCUGGCCACAACUCAAGGUUUCACAGGAAGAAGUCUUCUGCACAGGUUAGCAACAUAAUAGUUAGUUAUAUGCACUGUCAUUUGCUCUGUUUUAUAGUUAGUUACUGA